CAUGGCGAAUCAGAUGAGUGAGAAGUCACGUCGAGAAAGGCGAAAAGAAGCCCGCCUGGCAAAGAAGGCGAAUAAACAUCAAUCUUGGCUGGAUGACCAGAUAUCUCGCGCAAUGAAAAGAGUUAACCAGGAUUCAGAGGCAAAUACUACAUGCAAAUCAAAUCAUUUGCUCAGCCCUAGUGUAAAGGAAACAAAGGUUAACAAGUCAGAAUCCAACUCUGGGAGACAUAGUACAGCUGAGGAUUGUGAAAUGUCAAUGGAAAUUACUGAGUCAAAAUCAAUGAUUUGUCAUGGUUCUGUUGCAACAAUAACGAAGAAAGGAAAUAAAGGUUCGAAGGAAAAUUCCAGGAACAAGUCCAGAUGUUUCCCGGUUGGUGUGCCAGAUGUUUCCAUAGCUGCCAAGAAGGAUCAAGAUUUGGAAAGGAAACUAGCCAAAAAGCUCAAAGUGAAAGACGGAAAAUUAAGGGGUAUGGAUGAUGGUCUCAAUAUAUUACUUGAUGGAAUGCCAUCUAUUAUUGAUUUCAUGGGCGAAGGGGAAGUACCUAGUGAUGAAUUACCCGCAAAAAAAUUGAAGAAGAGAUCUUCACGUAAUAAAACUGAGGAUGACAUAUUGGCAAGGGAAGGGCCACAAGCAAGGUCAAUACCUGAAAUUUCAAGGCUUGCAGAUACUUCUAACCAAGAUUUUGGAUCGACAGAAUUUUCUGUUAGUGCGCCCUCA